GAUUCGCUCCACCGUAUGAUGUGCGGCCUAGAUACCGCCAGCCCCAAUUUGUUCGUUCAGCUAAUCGGCUCGGCUCCAUCGGCACGCCAAAUCUACACGACCAGCGGCGCGAGCGAUUCCCGGGCGUCCGGCUCCGGCUCCGGCUCCGACUCCGAGGACCGCCGGAGGAGGCGGAGCGGGAGCGCCAAGCGCGGGGGCGUCACCGAGGAGCAGAUCCUGGACUACAUCUCCAAGAAAGCGCAGAAGAAGGCCGAGAAGGUGGCCAAGAAGAUGAAGGCCAACGCGGUGUCAGGUACUCCAACGAUUCCAACCCUUUUGGCGAUCCCAACCUCACAGAGAAGUAUGCGCAUUCGCCCCCCUCUUCGGAUAACAUUACACAUUGCAUUGGUGAUGCUUGCUUUACCAGUAGAAACUUGGGUUGGCACCUGUUUGCUACUGCUAGGAUACUAUUCCUUUGAUGCCCUAGAACCGAGAUACCUCUACCGGAUAGGUGUGCCUAUUGCUCUGAAUCUGUUAUAAUUGUUUAAAGUUUGGGCUUCUGGCUUCUGCGCGUUGACAGUGUGAAAUUUGUGAUGGCUUGUUCUUGAUAAGUAAACAAGUACUCCCUCCGUCCGAAAAUACUUGUCAUCAGAAUGGAUAAAAGGGGAUGUAUCUAGAACUAGAAUACGUCUAGAUACAUCUCCUUUUAUUCAUUUUGCUGACAAGUAUUUCCGGACGGCGGGAGUAGUAAUAAACUAGCUCGAUUAACACAUAUGACCUGAAGACAUGCAUAUGCUGCACGAAAUAACAAAAUGUUCUUGGCUAGUGCACUCCAAUCAGAUUUUCCAAAUUCAAGUAGCAUCUAGCUAAGCUGGAUUAAUUGUAUUUAUGGAAGGUGCCAAGGUGGUUUUAUCUUUUUAAUUGCUUCUG